AUGCUGUCAUACGCCCUCCGGCAAAGACACUCGACUUCAUGGGCCAAAAUGCGAAGGGGCUCUCCUGGCAAUCUGCGUCUGUUGUGGAACUCCGACCUCAGCAGCACCGGUUGGUUAUACUGCCCGAAACGUCUCUGAAGUGCCCCAACCAGAGCAUUAUAAUCCCCCUUUGCUCCUCGGUCAGCAGCAGCAGGCAUGCAGCUGCAUCCUCACACAGGCACAAAGCCAAUUGGAGAGCUUUAUGUUCCUCAGACCAGCCAGCUGCAACAGCUAACAGCUCAAACUGUGCAAUAAACACUUCCCAUGGCGUCUUGCCGCCGAACUUAGGCGUUUUUAUGUUCGCGGCAGCUUGCUGGGCGCCGCCAUGUUUGUUUACAUCACGUGACGGCGCGCCAAGCGAGGUCGACUCCCCCCCACCGGAAUCGCGGCCACGGUGCGAAAAUGUCCCGAGCCUAGUCAAACCUGGAGAAAAUCCAGCCUCAGCAGACAGCCGCAGCGCCGUUUCCCUCACUCUAUGGGCAGGCGAGCGCGGACGAACCUCCCUCUCCUCUGUCUCCCUCUUAAUCUUGUCCGGCAACAUCCUCCGGUCUCGUGACGGUCACCGUCGCCAGCAACAGGUUGUCGGGCGUUUCAGGCGGACGUUCUUCACUUCUGACACCAGUGUAACGUUCUCAAGAACCAGACGUUUGGGUCUCAGUUUGUCCGUUUAUUCGGUGACAGGCGAACAGGCCGUUAACUCCGGGGAGAGUGCUCUCAUACAACCCCUCACUUCAGCCCCGCACAGUCACACACAACCACAACAACACAGGACCGCCCUCCCCUUCCUGCACACAUUAACACCCUUUUUCCUGCAGCACAACCAAACAUGUAUCUUAAAGAAACAACAGCGUGCAGAGAUAAACAACCUGACUAUAACACAACAUUUAUCCAUCGUUACAAUAUAGUUUCCAUUUAUUUAACCCCCAAAAAUUAUAUUUACAAAAGUAAUAAAUGUUGAGCUCAUAAAAGAGGUCAAAGAAACAAAACUGAACUCAGGCAAAGACUGCAAACUUAACAAACCAAAUGACUGCCCAAACAAACAUAAUUGACCUAACAUGAAAUAACAUACAAGGGUAUAUAUAAUGGCUGAUCAGACCAUUGUGACACAUGAGGGGUAACAAACAAACACAAUCAUAAAUCACAAAACAAUGCAGUACAAUCUAGUUUGUUAAUAAACUAAACACCAAAGAGGAAAAUCAAAAACCCCAUUAAACCCUAAACUCAAAUAUUUAAUUAAAUACAAAUACUUUGUUUUUAAAGUAAAGAAAACACAUAUUCUCCCCUUUAGCAGGAAGUGGUGGUGUGGUCCAAUUAGCCCUCUUUGUAUUUAAUGGUUUCAAACCCUGGCUACCAGCUUUUCUCCAGCAACUCCCAGGGAUGAUGGCAGGUAAGAAAUAAAAAGACAAAGGUUAGUCAAAAAUCAAAGUAAUGAAGUGGUAUGAAUACAUAAGUAAACUAAAUGUGCGCGCUUACAAAUAGAACAAAUGUAUCCAAACCAAUCAAUAAAGUUAUUGGAAACUAAAGUGUGUUACUAUGUUCAAAUGAAAAAAUGAAGAGUUACUGACUUUAAAGUGUGGCCACGGGUUUGGCCAUCACAACUGCCAGACUCUGUAAUACUGUAAAUGAUCAGUGACUCAGGUUAACACUAAACUUUAAACGGUCCCUCUGUGUCUCUGUGUGUGCUGAACAUUUAGGAUUGAGUCAGGCUGCAUUGACUGUGGGACUUUUCUGUGUUAAAAGCAGGUUGAAGACGGCUCAGAAACAUUUGAAGAUUAAAAUUUACAUUUAUUUAUUAAUUAAUUAAUUUAUGGCUGCUGGUGGUUUGUAAAGCUUCUACUCAGCUGUAUUUUUGUUACUAAUUUAUGUUUGUUGUUGUUUAACACAGAUUUCAGAAGAGCGAAGAUGAGCACUGUUGCUUCAUCCUUAAUAGUUUAACUGGAUUGGAAAUCAAAAAAAUCCUGAUUCUUCAUCCACAGAAGUUUCAUUUGUCAGUGUCGGACUGCUGAGUCACCUGAAGAACUCAUUUCAUUCUCCACGAUGUUGAUUUACAGAAAUGUUUCACAGGAACUGAUUCCUCCCAAAGAUUGAACUAGUGUGUUUCCAUAGAUUAUCUCUGUAUGAAUGUACUUCAUAAAUGAAGGCAAGUGUUUGUCCUUUUAGUUCCUCAGGUACAGUACGUGAUAUUCAGGGCAGGCGGUCAACACUGGGGGAAGACAAGAAGCAGACGUACUUCCCAGAGGGAGCUGCAGUGAGGACACAGCCUGUCACUGAGGUCAGAGGAGGCGCUGGAAGGUUUCCCUAAUAGUUCCUGGUGAAUCAAAGCAGAACCAUAAAGGUUGCUGGACUGCAUGAUGGCCUUACCCCUGAGCAGUCAUCCUGUUAAAGGAGGAACCAGUUAGAAGCUGUUUUCAAAGUAGCUGAGCAGAUUUCAUCUCAACAGACAAAGAAGAUGUUUGGAGAAGAACUUCAGGCUGUGGACUGACAAGAUCAAAGCAGCUCGUGCUCUGUCUGCUUCCAUUUUGAUGGCAAGAAGAAGAAGACGACUUCAGCGAAGUGGCGUUCAUGGUCUCAGUGGACAGUCAUGGUCACACACUGCAUGUGGUUUUAAAAGCAACAUGUCUGUUCACCACAACAAUUGAGAUGUGUAAUAUUAGUGCAGCUACAGUUUGUUCUUGAACAUCAGUUCUGUUUUCUACUUUGACCACUUAGACCAAAAAAAGUGUUGUUUUCAGAUUCUUUCUUAUAAAUCUGUAAAGCACCUGCUCAUUUUUUAUUACAAUUAGUUUCACAUAAAUGUUAGUGUUUCCUUUAUGGUCUUUUAAUGCUUACACUACACUGUACACGUCUACAUUAGAGACAUUUCUGUUACCUAUUUAUGAGACUGGGCUGCUUGACUACAAUUUGGAAAUGGAUGCAAAAUCACACGGAUCGUUCUAUUGUUUGUUUUUUAAUAUGAUUCAAUUCAAUUCAAUGAAACUUUAUUUAUCCUGAAGGUUGACCCCAAGGAAAAUUCGGGCUAAGGCCAACACAGGACGUGUCUGACUAAGCAAAGAUGAAUCUGAUCCCAUUUCUACCUGUCUCUACUGUUUCAACUGUAACUGUCAGGAUAUAUAUUUAUUCCAGCUCUCAUAGGGCAAAGGAAUGACUCAGACUUGUCAAAUGUUCUUUGACUUGAUACACAAUUUGAAGUUCACAGUUUUCUUACAAAUAAAACUAUAAUGACAAACAUGAA